AUGCAAUCCGGUGGCGGCUUCAUCAUCGAUGAUCUCUCGACCGUGUUCGAUGAGCCCUCAAGAUCUCAGCUACAGCAAACCACCAAUGCAACCACCUCGAACGCUGAUUCGGUUGCGACGCCAAAACAACUGACGAGCAAACAAGAAGGCAAGCUACGAACCUUCCUCGAUGGCGUACUCCAAGACAUCACUCGAGGCUACAGGAAAAGAUUCCAUCCCUCGUCGUCGCUGCAUACACUUUCGAGCUACUUGGCGGAAUGGAUGAGGUUGCUUGGUGUGCUGGCUCAUGUGCCGCCGUAUGGAAGUGCGAGUACGAAUUUGUUGAUUAGCUAUCUCUUGAGGUGUUCCACGGAUUUGUGCGAUGGAGUUACUGGGUAUCGUUUGGCGAUGGAGAUCCAGGCUGAGCGGAGCUUGAGGAAGAAAAAGGAGGCUCAACAGGCGGCUGGCCAGGAUAGCACGCGCAAUGGAGGAGGCGCAGCGGACAAUGAAGCUACCCAGUCGGAUGGCGAAGAAGACCAAGACCAAGAAGAGGAAAGACAACAUCAAAUAGCAUCUCGCACAAAACAGCUCAACCUCGCUCUUCAGACUAUCGAUCUGCUCGAUCGUAUAUGGGCGGCUGUGUUGAGAGGUAACCUUAUCAACCUACCUGUUGCGCUUAGUAAUGCAAGAAGAGCGUUCCCAGACACACCCGAAGCUGCUACCGACGCCCGAUCGAGCGAUGGCCAACAGUCUCAUCUGCCUUACCACCCACGCAUAGUACAUUCAACAAGCAGUCUCGUUCCGUCUCCAGCCAUCGACGGCCGCUUUCACUGGGGUUCCAAUACAACACAUAACACUCCAAGGGAGAGUCUACCAAUCCACGGCGGACGAGGAAACAGAACAGUCGGCGUCACAGAUCAAGUCCGAUUACGCAACAUUGCCAUCUCCUCCCGCGAGAAGCUCUUCUCCUGGAUGCGGACCGAAUUGGAUGCUCCACCGCCGCCGAUCAUGGACGAGCUCGAUCCGGAACGAGAGCCGAACGACAACACCGUGCAGGGCGUAUUCGGUAUCAAGUCUCACCCUGGUACUGCGGGUGAGGCGCGGGAGGAUGGUGGAGAGGAAGCUGAUUUUGAAGACGUCGAGAUUGGCGGCGAAGCAGAAGAGGUCAAAGAAGAGGGGUAUGAUGCGGAACAAGACACGGAAGAGCACAGGCAUUAUCAAGAUUUGUUCGAGAGCAAACUUGAUCCUGAUGAGGACGACGAGGAUGAUCAAGAGGCGCCAGCUGCGACUGGAGGCGACUCUGAUCAGACACUAGGAGCGUCCGUGUUGGGUACUGUGGAAGCGGUCACUUCGAACGAGGCGCAUGAUAAGAGGAAGCGAGAAGACUCUCCCGAUGGAGAGAUGGAGCCAGCAGAUCCAGAGGAGCAGCCUCGAGCUGAUGGACUUCCGAGCAAGCGUCCAAGAGCGACAGCAGCAGAGGCUGAUACAGACGCAGACGCCUCCGAAGCAGGUGCAAGGAUGAGCCGCUCCGAAAUGGGAUCUAUCAAUUUCAGCCUCUCUGAUGCUAUUGGACAGUGGGAUAUCGCGUUUACCCGGCUGUUCUCGAGGACAUUACGGACGCUCAGUGAUCUCUCAGGAGGAUCGAAGCGGGCGGGCAAGAGAGACUUUGCUACGAGCUUAGCAGGUAUCUCGGGUGCAGAUGAACAAGAGCCUGCUGAUGAGCGAUAG